AUGGAAAAAUCAUCGUCGAAUAAAUCCACUGGUAAAAAGCGACAGUCAACGCCACAAGCAACUGAAUGUCAAAUAUGUGGAGUUCCAGCAAUAUUUUCAUUUUAUGGUGUUGUAUCAUGUAAUCCAUGUAAAAUGUUUUUCAAACGAAAUGCUCAACUAGGACAGAAAGCAUUUAAAUGCAAUAGUGAUGGUCAUUGUGAAAUAAAUAUCAAUAAUCGUCAUGUAUGUUCUUCUUGUCGGCUUCGUAAAUGUUUUACAAAGGGAAUGCAAAUUAAUAUGGUUCGAUUACCUUUUUCGAAAAGAAAUCGAAGAAAGAAAAAAAUAACCGAAAUAGUUAAUCCAACAGAAACAACAUGUACUGUUUUUUCAAUUGUGAAUAUUUUACGAUCAGAUCAAUCAACAUUAACUGUCGAACAAUGGGAUCUUCUUUCAAAUCUAUCUCAUUGCUAUGAUGAAUAUAGUGGAUUAUCAUUAGGUGAACGUUUUAUGAAUGAACAAAAUAGUUUACCUCCUAAAAUACGUUUUAAAAGUGAAGUACUAAUUAAAUAUUUCAGUGUCUCGUUCGAAGGAACUCAAUUAUUAUAUAAAAAUAAUCAAGAUUUUCUUUCAUUAUCUCUUGAUGAUCGCUUUACUUUACUUAAUAGUACAAUGGAACAUACAGCAAGUCUUUCGACAAAUUAUAUUUAUCAUGUAAUUGGACUAUUGAGUUGUCAUAUUUACUAUGAUACGGUUGCACUUAUUACUCAUCCUAGUGUAGUACCUAUUGCUAAACGUUUGGCUGAAAGAAUUCAAUUUGAUAUAGUCGUAAUGAAAUUAUUUCUUGCAAUUGUUUGUUUCUCAACCAUAAAUUAUACAACUUAUUCAAAUGGACCUCCAAUAAAUUUAUCAAAUAUAAAACAAGUUCUAAAUAUUCAAAAUAAAUAUAUUGAAUUAACAUGGACAUAUUUAUUGUACAAAUACAAUUAUGAACAAGCCGUUAUAUGUUUUUCUGAUUUUAUAAGGUGUUUAUUUGCUGUUACUGAGUCUCUUCAUAGAACAGACUUUGUAAAGUUUAUCAAAGAUAAAAUCACUUCUCUUGUUGAACAGACGGAACAGAGUUUUAAUCUUAAUAAUUAA